UGGUCUUAAAUUGUAGUACCUUAAACCCUAGAAGUAGAGAGGCAGACAUCAGUCCUGAACCCGAAACAAAAUACACUGCUAACAUGUCGCAAAGGGAAGAAGAUUACGACUCCGAUGCGCCCGAAGAAUUUACAAACCAGCAGGGAAUAAAGCAAGAUGAGAAGAUAAGAAAAAUCCAGAAAGAGAACAAGGCCAGGGUUAUUCGUGAGGGAAAAGAACGUCGCAGACUUUGGGCUCAGAGGAAAACACAACGGCAAUCUGCAAAAAUUGAAAACGUCCAAGAUGUAGAAACUGAAACUGAUGAGGAAUCCCUGGCCAAGAAGGGGAUGCUUCCUACCAACAUUGUUGAAAUGCUCGCGUCUCGUGAAAAACAAGUUUUCUUAUCCGACUCCGAGGAUGAGAAGGCCAAGGUAGAUCCCACUCCGAGAAAGAAAAAGAAGAAAAACUCAGGGCUUGAACCUGUUAUCUUGAAGGACAUACCACCUCCUCAAUGCUUGCAAAGUUCCAUGGAGUUCUUGAAGAAAAGGAAAAUGCAGGUUCCAAGGUCAUCGUUGGUUUUAAAGAACUCCAACCAAGUACUUCGCCUUAGUUGUGCCCUUUCAACUUCCGGUUUACGUGAAAGCUGUAAACGACUGUAAUAAAGUUCUCUAAAGAGGUAAAAAUAGCCUAUUCCAAUUGUGGUUUCUGAAGGAAAUGAAGACGAGAAUGAGCUGCCUAUUAUUUGUAAGCCACCUCUUGAUGACCAUUAUCUUCCAUUUUGAACUUUUGGGUUGUUAAUUUGUCCUUAUGGCA